AUGAGUUACGGACCUGAAAUGUUCACUUCUUCUUCCUACCGGAAGAUUUUUGGGGAAUCCCCUCGCUAUUCAGCCUCUCCAUCCCGGCUGAGUAGUGCCUCCUCAUCGCGAAGUUCGCUCUCGUCCAGUGGUUUUCGGUCCCAGUCUCUCUCCCGUAGCGGUGCCUCUUCACUGGGAUCGUACAGGAGGUCUGGACGGUCUUCGUUCUCACCUGUGCGGAGUGAGAGCUUUGAUAUGACCCAGAGUUCUGUUCUUAACAAUGAGUUCAAAAUCAUCCGAACAAAUGAAAAGGAGCAAAUGCAGGGGCUCAAUGACCGCUUCGCUAUGUUCAUCGAGAAGGUGCGUAAUCUUGAGCAGCAGAAUAAAGUCCUGGAGACCGAGCUGGUGACGCUGCGACAGAGGCAGUCCGAACCGUCCCGUCUCGCCGACCUGUACCAGCAGGAGCUUCGCGAUCUCCGCUCUCAGCUGGAAAUGGUCAACGGCGAGAAAUCCCAGAUUCUGAUUGAAAGGGACAACAUCGAGGAAGACCUGCAGAAACUUCAGGGCAAAUUUGAAGACGAGAUAAGGGCUCGAGAAGAGGCCGAGCAAACCUUGAAAGCUUACAAGAAGGACGUGGAUGAUGCCACCAUGGUUCGCCUAGACCUGGAGAAGAAGGUGGAGUCUCUCGUGGAUGAGAUAUCUUUCUUGAGGAAGGUGCACGAGGAAGAAGUGGAGGAGCUAAUGAACAUGAUCCAGGCAUCCCAGGUGUCUGUUGAGAUGGAGGUAGCCAAGCCGGAUCUCACCUCAGCGCUGAAGGAGAUCCGCGGCCAGUACGAGACCCUGUCAGCCAAGAACAUGCAGUCGGCUGAAGAGUGGUACAAGUCGAAGUUUGCCGACCUGAGCGAGCAGGCCAACAGGAGCAACGAGGCGAUCCGCGCGAAUAGGGAAGAGAUCAACGAAUUUAGGAGGCAACUGCAGUCCAAGACCAUUGAAAUCGAGAGCCUCAGAGGAACCAAUGAGUCACUUGAAAGGCAGCUCCGAGAGAUGGAAGACAGGCACAGUGCCGAAAUUGUCACUUUCCAGGAUACGAUCAACCAGCUAGAGAAUGAGCUGAGGACCACCAAGAGUGAGAUGGCGCGUCAUCUGAGGGAAUACCAGGACCUACUGAAUGUCAAGAUGGCUUUGGAUAUCGAAAUCGCAGCCUACAGGAAACUGCUGGAGGGGGAGGAGACCCGCUUGAGCUCUGGGAUAACCUUCCCUGCUCCUAGCAGUACCCCCAGCCUGAGCUACGGAUACCAGACACGAGUCUACACCAGUUCCUCCAAGGGUGGAAAGAAGGAUGAGAAGGAUAACGAGAUCCAGGUCAAGUCCACCAAGGGCAGCACCCAGCGCGAGACCUUUGAGGAGAUCAUUGAGGAGACCAUUGUCUCCACCAAAAAGGUGGAGAAGAAUGAGUCCGGGGAUGUUUAUCCAACCCAGCAGAAAAACUAACCCCCUCACCUGUUCAGCCACAGGGGGGGUCUCAGAGAGGAAUCCACUGUAACUCCAACCUAAUACUCCACUAUCCAACUACAAUAGCCUAUUCUCUCUCUCUCACUUAGCAGUCUCUUGCAAACACACUACGGAAAUUUCAGGAAGCACUUUACAGUAAGGAAACACAAGCAGAUCAAUAUCAUACUUCACUGGUCUCACAUUGGGCUAAAGUUUACAAAUGGCUGCAUAUUAAUUACACAAUUCUAAGUGCACUGCCACAGGCGAUAAAUUACUCUUGACACAUUCCAGAGGGCAUGUGUGUGCGUGUGUACUGUGCACAGUACCUUGAGAACAUAUAAGAUGGUCUAUGGUCUUCACCUACUAGCAUUCUUAUUUCCACAACUACAGUAUGAAUGGAUGAAUGCACUAGCCUUUUCAUUAGAAAGUGUGAGCUAAUUUUAUGAAGUCGUUCACUGAGCACAGACAUUAUUUCAGAGCCAGCUGAAACUUUGUCCAAAAAAUAUAUUCCUGUUGAGCCACAUGGCUAAUAGCUAAGGCAAAAUGGAUUUAAGCUGACAUGUUAGCCUUUGUUGGGAAACACCCACUCAGCAUUAAGAAGGGUCAAGUUAGAAUAUCUCUGAAGGCUCAUUCAAGCUAGUCGUAUCACUACCAACUGCAUCUGACUCUUAAUUCUGGACAAAACAAUGAACAUUGCAUCUGCAUGUCCAUAGUGUGUUUCUGCUUCUCAAAUAGAAUCCCUCCUUCAUAUUGAGAUACCACAGCAUUCCAACUAAAAUUGUGCCAUCAAAAGCAGAGUUCCUCUCCAAGACUGCUGUUGAUGUAAUUAUGUAUGUAAUAUCAACAUGCGAAAACAAACAAAAUGAGCAAACAUUAGUUGCAUGAUGUAUAUUUCAUGUUUGCAUGGUGACUAUCUGUGGCCCCGCUGACUCUACAUACAGUCAGCAGUGAGGAAGACUCUAUGUCUCCUUCAUUUCCCAUUCUAUGUCUCGCUGUGUUCCCAUUCAUUUCAUAACUAAAAGCUGUAACUGGAAGUAAGCUGCAAGUUAUGCUCGAGGCUAAAGUAAUUAUUGUUGGAUGUAGCACAUAGUACUGUCGUUAACUCUGCUGGUCAGUGUUUAUAUGAUGAUAAGAGUUCUUAUUCAGGACUUUUAUGUCAUACCAUAAUGUCAUCUCAGCUGUACUGAUACAGAUAAGGUUGCUAAGAAUGUUUGCGCUAGUCAAGAUCAGCUAAAAGGAAGCACAGAGAAAACCUCUGCGAAGUGGGCUUUGAGUUAGCUUUCUCUUAUGAUAUAGUUCAAGAUGCAACACAAAUGUUGUUUAGCACAAAUGCAUGGGGCUUAUGAUCUAAAAGUUUUGAAAAUGUAAUCCCCCUGAAUAUUUGGGGCAGGAUUUUGAGAAUUGUAUGCACAAUUGUCUGACAUUUCUAAAAGUAUUCUUAAGGAUGCCUGAAGCACAUUUUAACAGCAUUGACCAGAUUCCAUACCACAAUACUAAGCCUUAGUGAUAAAAAGCCAAAAGCUAAAAGUUCACUGAACAGUGUCACUUCACCCUUAAUCUUACAGCAUCAUUACAUACUCCCAGCCAGUUUUAACAGCCGUAUCAUGUCUCAAACGUGUGUUGUAGAACUUAUUUCACAAAUAGGAGCCUUAAAGCAGGGAACAAGCAACUUUUUCCCUCUCAAAAAGCUUCUGCCUAGUGCACUGAAGGUGAUUUCUUGUUUCUCAUCCUUUCACCCUGUGGUCCUUCCCUGCAACACUCACCAUAUUGUAAUACUCACUCUAAAGAUUGGUUCGUAUUUGCACUGAGGUUUCAUGGAGGCAUUCAGAAGCUUGCAAGUUAUGGGCACAUCUCCCGAGGGAAUGUCAGGAGAAUUUUUUGGGAAAUGCCAGGCCAGCCUCAGCUUACGACCCAUACUUCUGUACACCUCAAAGGAGGCAAGUGAGGAUAUUUGCUGUCUCACUGAACACAGCUGUGCAAAAUACUGCCCAGGGCCCACUUUGUAGCCCAUUUAUUUAACCUUGUACCAUGGAUGAGAGGAGAGGCAAGGGUGACCGUAAUAAGGGUUACAACAUGCGUCUUCAAAAAAGAAAAGAAUGACUGACAGACUGACUGCACUGCCAGACCUUUGUAAUGCAUGUGCAACAAGCUGUCAUGAAACAAAUUGUUUUCAGAAUUCACAUAAAACUCAUAAAAAAUUGGAAUGAAUGCCUAGGUUGUCAAAACUGCCUUAAAUACACCAGCCGCUUUUCUGACUGACAGUCUGUGUGCUUUUGUGUAUGGUUCUGUCAAGGAUGUGUUCUCUGCUCCUUCUCUCUAGAAUUAGAACCCCUAAGGUAAUAACUGAUGAAAAACAUAGUUGCUGAAUGUAGUUGAAACAAUCUUCUUCCUAUGUUCCUUACGGCUGUAUGGCACAUAUCAAUAAAGACUUGACCUUAA